AUGCUGUUGGACAUCGUUGCUAAAUCGCUCUACUCUGAGAAAGAGGUGUUCGUCCGAGAGUUGAUUUCGAACGCAUGCGAUGCACUCGAAAAGCUGCGCUACUUUCUGAACACGAGUUCAGAAAAGGCCGAUUUCUCCUCUCCUAUGGAAAUUCGGAUCGACACGAACAAACUUGAUCGCACAAUAAUCAUCGAGGAUACCGGUGUUGGAAUGACUAGGGAAGAACUGAUCGAUAAUCUUGGCACAAUCGCAAAGUCAGGGACUGCCAACCUUGUCAAGGAACUGAGAGACAAAGGAGAAAUUAGUUCAUUGGACAACGUGAUUGGCCAGUUCGGUGUAGGCUUUUAUUCGUCAUUCAUCGUUGCCGACAAAAUCGAGGUCUAUACCAAAAGCUAUAAGCCUGAAGCCCAGGGAUAUUGCUGGACAUCUUCUGGCGACGGCUUCUAUGAAGUGACAGAGGCCGAUAUUGCGAAGAACGGAACGAAGAUCAUACUUCAUCUGAAGAGCGGCGAUGCCGCUGAAUUUGCUGACGAACAAACGGUCAAAGAAAUUAUUAACAAAUACAGCAGUUUUAUCGGUUUUCCGAUCGUACUCAAUGGCAAAAGGAUAAACACUGUUGAGGCAAUCUGGAUACUGGAUCCAAAAUCGAUUACUGACAAGAUGCACGCGGAUUUCUACAAUUUCAUCUCUCAUACCAAGGACGAUAAGCCGUAUUAUACAUACCAUUUUAAGACUGAUGCUCCCCUGAAUAUAUCCGCGCUGCUCUACACUCCUGAAACCGGACCCAGUUUGUUCAUGCGCACGCAGGACAUGCAUUCAAGCGUGUCACUCUACUCUCGACGUGUACUCAUUCAGCCUAACACCAAGGAUAUCUUGCCUCCGUGGUUGCGUUUUCUGCGCGGUGUGAUCGACAGCGAAGAUGUUCCGUUGAACCUCAGUCGUGAACUACUUCAGAAAACCUCUGUUAUCAGGUAAUG